CAAUUUUCACUGGUUCUCAUCAACAAAAAGUCGGAACCGCGGCAAGAACCUGACGCAACCGUUGGUCAAAUCAACCAUACAAACCCACUCCAACUUGGCUCCUUUAAGGCCUCUUAACUUCGUUCAAGGAUCAUUCCGACUAUGGAUGGGUCGAAAGAUGCCUUGUUGCAAGGAUUGAUACCGGACCAGGAUUAAACAGUACUAGUGCUCGCUACUCAGACCGAAUCGUCGUUCAAGAAUCUAGUGACGCGUUCACUCGGCAAACCUUCCACUUUCGGCGGUUGUUUCGCUUCUCUGAUAUAGCCGUGCUGAACAACCUGAGAAGACUCGUCUGGAAUUGAAACUGUGAGACUUAUAAAAUGAAGUUGGGAAUUCUCUCUUCAAGGCAACAACCUGCGAUAUGUCCUCAAUCUCACAGCUCUUUCCCAACCCUUCACCUUCACGUUUUCCUGGCGUCCCCAGUGUUCUACCCGGAAUCACUCCUGAGUCCACGGAAACCUUGCGAGGGCUCUUGCAAGAUGAUUACCUCAAGCAUCAUGUCUUUAUGAACGACCGAAACUUUCAUAACCACAUUGCUCACCAUGUUUUGGCUGCUUGGGCCCUUGGAGCUGACGAGGAAGUGAUUCAAGCCAUUUACGACCAAGAUCGCAAGUCCCAAAAGGCUGCGUUCGAGUCUCCAGAGCCCAUUACGCGUGGAAACUAUAAUGAGCAUCUUGGAGAUGGAAGUUUCUAUAACGCCUACUUGAAGUACUUUUCCGAGGUUCUCCAGCAGACAGACGUGAACGCUGUGCUCGAAGAACAUGUGUUCUCUUCUGAUUUCAACUUUGGGACCAAGAACAAAGCAGGAAAGAACCCUGAAAUGCUCGCCCGAUUUGUUGGUGGUCUCUUUCACCCAAUGAUCCAAACUGGCUAUGGGUUCGAGUUUAACAUUCCUGGAGUAGUCGCUGAAGGGCUUGCCCAAGCUGCGGUUCAUGGUGUCGGAGAUACCGUCAUCAUCCCGGCUUCUCUCUUUUCUGAGUCCUUGGAUGCUCGUUUCCACAAACUAGAAAUCAAUGGUGGAGACAAGAGAGAGACCAAACCGUUACAUGCAUUCACAGUCCUUGCUCGGCUAAUGAAGGAUCAAAAAAUCAAUAAUGGUGGUGUCCUCGACUUACUCGAAGCAUACAAACUGGUAAUGGAAAACUGUGGCGAAACUAUCCUCAAAUACACCACCGAAUGGGCACGCUUUGAUCCAGCCGACCCGAAGGUUGUAGAGGUCAAGCUCGAGGAGCUCCAAUGGACCAAUGUUCUCGUCUAUUUCAUGUCCGGACUCAAAGGGGGGAGAAAAGAUUUUAAAGCUGAUUUUUUCACAAUGCACCUGGUUACUUCAUCCCUAUUCCUGCCCUCGUUACUAGCGGCUUUAUCUCCUCCUUCCAAACACCUUUUGAUCCGCACCUAUUUUUCCGUUAGUCUCGCCUGGUGGAUCGCUCGUGGCAAACCGUCCGUUGAUGUUACAUCUUUCUUUGCUGGACCGGUACCAGUAAACGGCACUGUUAAUGAAUCCGAGUCCAAGUCCGGCAAAUCCAAUCCUUGGUUUGGAACCAUCCAACACGCGGUCCCCCAUCCUGACGAACAUCUAGUGAAAUGCCAGAGGUCUUUAGCUCAUUAUGCUUCUCUCUAUGGUUCUAGAAAGAAGGGGGAGCCCGAUUUUAGCGAGACUGAGUUGCCGGGUGCGGACAAGAUGGAUGGGACACUGUUUUUACGGGCUGCUUUGUUGACGACUGAGCGGGUGAAACGUGGGCAAAAGGAUGGAGCAUUGUGGUAUUGGGAUCAGUGA